AUGGAUCUGAAGAAAGAUGACGAUUUUGUAUACGACCGACUGCCUACGGCUGAUUCCUUCCGUUUCGCUUAUCUCAAGCCAGGUGUGGGUCAAGAUCCCAUCGAAUGUGAAUUGGUAACGCGAACGGUCAAAGAAGAGGUCGACUUAGCAACGCCUCAAUGGGAGGCUCUGUCCUGGCUCUGGGGAGCUCAUGGUAACCUUCGAGCUAUCAUAGUCAAUGGCAGAAAAUUCUCAGUGACCCGCAACUUGUUUAUUGCCUUAAACCAUCUUCGUCUCCCCGAACGUCCCAGGCUACUUUGGGUGGACGCACUUUGCAUUAACCAAAAAGACAUCGAGGAACGCAGCAGUCAAAUCAGGCAGAUGGCAUUUCUCUUUCAUCGAGCGAAAAAUGUCAUCGCUUGGCUUGGUGGAGGAGAUACAGGCAGUCAGGUUGUCAUGAGGCUUGCGCGCUAUCUGCACGAUUUCGAAUCCGGCAACCUCAGUUAUUGUGACGCGAACAUGAUAUAUAUCCUAGCAUUGACCUUUGGCGUGCCAGCUGUUGAAGCUGAUCCAUCCAAUUCCGUUUUCAAUUACUGGAAGAUUCACAAAUACGAAAACUGGAAUUAUAUUGAUCGGAUUGUGGACAGAGAGCUAUUCCGUCGCUCAUGGGUACUGCAAGAAGCAGCAUUGGCCAAAAGCCUUGUCGUUACAUGUGGAACCGAGACAAUACCCUGGGAUGCGUUCUUUCGUGCUGUUUCGCUUCGCUUUUCGAAUGACCGACGCGCACGGGAUUACCCAACCGUCCAUCAAGGUUGGAGUGCCAUGCAAGCAAUCGAAAAUCUUCGACAGCUUGUUGCAACAAAACAGCGCCCUCCGGAUCUACUAGAGCUACUCUGGGCUUGUCGUGACUACAAAUCGACCGAUCCCAGGGAUAGGAUCUUCGCCUUGCUAGGUGUCUCAGAUCUACUUUACGGACAUGGUCCUAGACAGCAGCUGGGCUUCGAAAUCGAUUACUCCAAGCCAAUCCAUGACGUUUUUGCAUCUUUUGCGUUGUCUACAAUAGCAAAAUACGGAGAUUUGCGCGUGCUGGCUACCAGACGGUCUAAUCGAGCAUUCGAUAAUAACUACUUGGGGUCAUGGUGUCCUGAUUGGGCUUCUUUGGAUGAUGGUGUGUCUUUGCUUUAUCGGCAGCGCCAAUGGUCAGGAAACAUCAUCAAGUAUAGGGCAUGCGGUGACCUGUCGCCUAUUGCUUGGCUUGCUGCUGGGAAGACACCCAGCAUGGGCGUGUUAGAAAUGGGUCACCUUGUCUUACGCGGCUUCAUCCUCGACAGAAUCGCGGCCUUACGACACUCUUCGUACUUCGUAAUCGAAAGCGACCGUUUGUUUGACUGGCAUAAUUGGGCAGUGUGGCCAGACCAGAGAGGACAGGCCAAGAUCACCCAGCCUAAAGACCAGGCAGACCCACAGCGACAGGACGCGUUCUGGCGUACUGUAAUCGCCGAUGCUGAUGUAAAUGGCAAUCGUCAACCAGUCUAUCUCCGCGCACAAUUUUACAGGUGGUACCAGAAGGUCAUCGAAAGCUCCAGUACGGGAAACGAUUCAACGGCCGAGACUCUAGCCGGUAUAGAGGACAAGGACUUUCUUAAUCGCAUGCGCCAUGUAACCAGAGGGCGGUGUCUCUUUGAAACAAGCGAACAUGGAUUGUUGGGAAUUGGCGACAAAGACUAUAGUGCCGAGUUGGGCGGAGCACAAUUGAGACCUGGGGACCUUAUCGCCAUAGUUCACGGGGGACCAUUACCAGUAAUGCUGCGGGCGGUUGAUGGUCCGUUGCAAAAAGGAGCUGAGCGCACUUACAGACUUGUUGGUGAUGCAUUCUGCUAUGUCCAUGGUAUGGUGGACGGCGAAGCGCUCCGACUAGGGACCAAAAUGGAGAACUUCACCAUUGUCUAG